CUUCCCAUCAUCCUUCCUGCUUCUCCUUCCCUCUUCUCCAUUUCUCUCCUCCUCUCGCUCACACUCCUCCCGCCAUCGUGUCUGCCUGCCCGCCUCAUUCGCAUUUCUCUGUUCAAAUCCCUCUUUUCAUUGAUUGACUUAAUUAUUCUCAGUCUCCUCACUUUGCCCACUUUCUCCAUUUCCUCCCCAUUUCACAAUGACUUCCCAUCCCAUCUCUGCCUCGCCGUCUCGACUGGCAUCUCUCUGACUCGACCUGCUUCAUCCCAGUCUGGAUUAAUUCCAUUUUCUCUUCUCUCCCCUUCCGUGCCCAAAUCAUGCCAUUCAGCCUCGCCGACAGUCGCCAUCGCAGCUCAAGUGGAAUUAAUUUCGGACCCUGACUCUGCCGGUCGUCGGCCAUGCAGCCAAAUCCGCCAGUUUGGUACACUUCCGGCACACUUGUUUCACACACGGACGACUGUGAAUGCGCAGGCUACUGCAAAGAUAGCGGGGAUGAGUGUCACGUGA